CUAGAUGUCGCUAUUUGUAAUGAAGCCGAACGGAUAUGACGACAUAUUGUGCGCCGUGUGCCCGCGUUGCCUGAUCGUGUUUGUAGUGCACUUUAGUUUUUAAAUAAACACAUCAUUUUAAAGAGAACAUAUUUGUUCUUGUGAAGGAGGACAAGGGUUAGAUACUCUGCCGGACAUUUUCUCUUGAAAAGAUGUCGGAUGAAGACGAAGCCCCAGUUGUGAAAAAGUCCAGGAUCUUCUAUGGAAGCCUCGAAGAUAAAGAGAGAGAGCGUCUUAGCCGUGAAGGAACAACAUCCACUGCUAAAGAUGCCGUUAAAGCUGGCAUUGAUGCUGGAAAUAUUAAUAUCUCCAGCGGCGAGUUCAUGGAAAUGGAGGACCGCAUAAGUGAUCGACAGGCUGAAGUAUUGGCAGAGUUUGAGCGUAGAAAGCGAGCCAGACAGAUCACGGUCUCCACUGAUGAUGUGGAGGUCAAGGCCUGUCUCCGAUCUCUUGGCGAGCCAAUCACGCUGUUUGGGGAGGGGCCUGCGGAGAGACGGGAGAGAUUGAGGAAUUUUCUUUCGGUGGUUGGUCCUGACGCCUUGAAAAAAUCAAAGAAAGAAGAGGAUAAAGGAAAACGCAGUCAAGAUGAAUAUCAGCAGACGUGGUACCAUGAAGGCCCUUCAUCUUUAAAGGAGGCACGUCUAUGGUUGGCCAAGUAUUCACUGCCCAGAGCAGUGCAGAGGUUAGAUGAUGCGAGAGCCCUUAAAGAAGUUCCAGAAUCUAUACGAACAGUUCGACAACAAGAGCUUCACAAGAACCUUAGGAAUCUAAAUAACUUUUGCAGCCAAAUUGGCGAUGACCGUCCAAUAUCCUACUGCCAGUUUAGCCCCAACUCUAAGAUGCUGGUGACGGCAUCUUGGAGUGGUUUGUGUAAAUUGUGGAAAGUCCCAGAUUGUACACUCGUUCGCACUUUAAGGGGUCACAAUACCAACGUAGGAGCCAUUAGCUUUCAUCCUCAAGCCACACUGACGCUGGAGGAGUCAGAUGUCAAUAUGGCCUCCUGUGCUGCGGACGGCACUGUUAAACUGUGGAGUUUAGACAGUGAUGAGCCUGUAGCAGACAUCGAAGGGCACUCCAUGAGGGUGGCACGAGUGGCCUGGCACCCAUCCGGACGGUUUUUGGGCACAACUUGCUAUGAUAACUCAUGGCGGCUGUGGGAUCUUGAAGCUCAAGAAGAAAUUCUGCAUCAGGAGGGUCACAGUAAAGGAGUCCACGAUCUUCACUUCCACCCAGACGGCUCGCUCGCAGGAACUGGUGGUCUGGACGCAUUCGCUCGUGUCUGGGACCUGCGGACUGGCCGUUGCGUGAUGUUCCUGGAGGGUCAUCUCAAAGAGAUAUACAGCAUCAACUUCUCACCAAAUGGCUACAAUGUGGCAACAGGAAGUGGAGAUAACACCUGUAAAGUGUGGGACCUUCGGCAGAGGAGGUGUAUAUACACGAUUCCCGCCCAUCAAAACCUUGUGUCGUCCGUCAAGUUCCAGCCUACGGAUGGGCAUUACUUGCUGUCUGGUGCGUAUGACAACACAGCCAAGGUGUGGACACAUCCAGGCUGGUCUCCUCUGAAGACUCUAGCGGGGCAUGAGGGCAAGGUUAUGGGGCUUGACAUUUCACCCGAUGGACAGCUUAUUGCGACCUGUUCCUACGACAGAACCUUCAAACUAUGGAUGUCAGAAUGAGAAGAUAAUUUCUACUUUGAGGGCACUUGAGUGUUCGAGGGACGUUAGAUUGCUUCUGAGAGGGAUGUCUUUUGAUUUUGAGAGUAAAUGUGUUUUAUACCAACCUAGGUGUAUGUUGAAAUCUUUAAAGCCAUAAAUCAUACAGUCAUAUAAUGGGAUACUCUAGCCAAAUAUCAAAAUGACCCCAUGAUACUCACCCUCAAGCAAUUUGAGAUGCAUAUGUCCAUCAUGUUUCAGAUGGAACACAUUUUAAAUGUCCUUGCUUUUCCAAGCUUUAUAAUGGCAGAAAACAGGGUUCAGGGAACAACUUGUGACUUUAAACCUCAAAAAGUGCAUUCAUUCUUCACAGAAGAAUUCCAAUGGGUUAACAUAAGGGUAAUUAAUGCGAUUUUGUAAGAAAAUAUAAAUUUUCAAACUUUAUAAACUGUAAUAACUAGCUUUCGGUAACGGCGCCAUCUUGGAUUCACGCGAGAGUUUUAGCGUAGUGAGCGCUUGUUGCCAUGGGUACUUUGCGCAGUGACUCGUGAAUCGCGUGAGACCAAGAUGGCGUCGUUACCGGAAGUAAGUUAUUAUAGUUUAUAAAGUUUAAAUUAUGGAUAUUUUUCUCACAAAAUCCCAUCGAUUACCCGCUAAAGACCUUUAUUAAUCAAUUGAAGCCGCGUGUAUUACAUAUGUCAAUUUUUUGAGCUUCAAAGUUUUCUGAUCCCUGUUUUCUCCCAUUAUAAGCUUGGAAAAGCUCCAAAUGUGUUCAUCUGAAAGAUGAUGGAUGAGUACAUCAUUGGGUGAUUUUGAUAUAUGGCUGGGAGUAUUGCUUUAACUUACAAUUCUGUUUUUAUUUUCUAGUUUUUUAAGGCUUCAGCAGAACACAAGAUUUGUAAAUUGCAUUUUCAUGCUGACAUGUUGUCCAGUCUUUGACAAUUCGCUUUGAUUAAAAAUAUAAAAUAUCAAA